AUCGUUCAACACCCACUCUGGUCUCCCUUUUAUCCCUUUUCCGCGUUGCUAUACACUCUGACAGAUAGCUGGCUGUUUGUAUCUUCACUAAGCUCAUACCGGAGCAAGCGAGCUUCAACUACUGGCCUGGCUACCAGUGGCGACUUCAAGUUGCUCGAGCAUUCCACGCAAGGCUGGAUACGAGGCAUCAACUAGGGAAUGAAUCGCCGGAGGACAAAUAAAUCUGCAAAGGUUCCGAACGUAAAGUUACGGCCAGCAGCUCCGGCAGAUCGGACGAGCAAGACUCACGAAGAUGCACCACCCUUAUGGACCCGUGAUAUGGGGUUUGACCCGGACGAGGAGGCCAGCACUGUGGACUUGUGCCCGAGGCCUUUCAAAGGAGUGGUCGUGUGCGCUACGGGUAUAGAGGAUAAGACAACUCUGUUCAAGCAAGCUUUGGAGCUUGGAGCCCUCGCAACUGGCGACCUCACAGACAGAGUCACACAUUUAGUUGCCGUCGACCCAGGGAGCGCAAAGUACAGAUGCGCACUGGAGAACAGAAUCCCGAUCAUGCGCUCAUCUUGGAUUACUGAGAGUUUUGAUGUCUGGCUCAAGGGUGACGAUGUAAAUUUGCAUGCGAGCAUCGAGAGGCACCGCCUUCCUGUUUUCACUGGUGUCGUGCUCUGCCUUUCCGGUAUCGACGACGUGGAACGCCGCACGGAGAUCAACCGGCUUGUCACAAAGAACGGAGGCAAAUACGUCAAGAACAUUGAGCGUCCCGUGAAGGUGACGCACCUCGUCUGUGGGAGUGCGAACGAGGACCAGACGGAGAAGAUGAAGUAUGCAGAGAAGUUCAAUCAGAGGGGCGAGUCGAAUAUCCAGAUCGUCUGGGAAGAGUGGUUCUGGGAUUCGUUGGACUUCGGAGGGAGGUUCGAUGAAUCGGCAUAUAAAGUGUCUAAUCCUCGCCCCCAGCGGAAGUCGCUACCAGAACGUGCGACCCCUCCUCCGCCGUCGUCCUCCCCGCCCUCCCCCCAGCCGCACAGUUCACAGUCUUACCCGCAACAUGAGAAGAACAAUAGUGCCGACUUGCUCGCAGCCGCGACGAACGACGAAGAGGAGGUCGCCUCGGCACGGCGCGUGCCCGCAGAGAUGCUCGCCAUCUGGGGCAACCUACUCAAGCCGCGGGGCUUCGAGGUGCAGUCGGGGCGGCUCGUCCGUAGCCCGGGAAAGUCGCAGGUGCAACAGCCUUCGAGCGGCGCGGAGUCGCCUAUCAGGGCGAGGUCGCAGCGCUUGGGCAUCGAGGACGAGCAGCUGAGGAAGGGGCGGUCGACGAGCGCGCUCGCGUUGUCGUCCUUCAAGCGAGCGAACUCAUUUGCACCUGUGGGUAAAGACAAGGAUGCCGCUGCUGUCAGGCAGCCGUUCAAGCGGACAGCUCUGGGACCCCAGACAUCUUUCCUUGCCCAUCCGUCAGGGUCUUCCUCUAGGGCAGGUCCGUCUCGACCAGCAACGAAUGUCACAGAUGACAAAGGCAAGGCGAGAGCAGUAGACGGUUCGGAAGAGGAAUCGAACAAUUCGACCCUGUUCAAGGGCCUGAGAUUCCGUGCUCUGGGCGAGGCUCAAGGACCGAGUGUCAAGGGCGCUAUCAAGGAAUGCGGGGGAACACUGGUCAGUGAGCUAGACGAAGACGUCGACUUCAUUAUCGUACGGUUGGUCAGUGGGAGCAACUUCUUCCGACAGGAGGGUGACGAGGACGAGCGCAGGAAGUAUAGAACAGAGUGUUGGCUCGAGCGAUGUAUAUUUGACGAGCGAAUAUGUCUGCCCGAAGAACACGUUGCGUUCCUCCCCUUAAGCAUACCAAUCCCUGUAGACGGCGCCGAGCGGAUUGUGCUCAGCUACUCAGGUCUGGACCAAUCCGAAGCAUGCUGGGUACGAAGGCUAUCCAGGGCACUCGGCAUCACCGUCGCGCCCAACUUCUCUCGUCAUUCAACGCACCUGCUCUGUCCAAGCCGAACGGGCGCCAAGGCAGAGAAAGCUGUCGAAUGGGACGUGCCGGUCGUGGAUAUGACGUGGCUCGCAGCGAUCGCGAAUACAGGCAGUCUAUCUCCCGCACAACAUGGAACAGACUCUGCACAAGGACCUUUGCUAGAACCCGAGACCGAGCCGGCGGAGAUGGACUGGGAUGUUGUGCCGCCCGAGGUAGAUCGUAAAGGCAAAGGAAAGGCGAAAGCCGACUUGGAGGACACCAUGUCUGACAUCACAAACGGUGUCUCCUGUGGUCAGUUGGAAAACAUAACUGCUGCCAAUCAUCGGCGUGUUGCUGAGUUCGCCACCACAGAUGCAGACGCAGCUUCGUCAGGCGUCGAAUCAUUUGGGAAGCCCAACGGACUUCUCGACGAGAGCUGGAAACCACCAUCCACACCACCCCCUCCAAGCCGAACGUCCAGCGGCCUCGCCCACUCCGCCGCCGCCGACUCCGCGCAUUCUACCCAAGUCCUCGUCAAAGAUAGUCGCGCACCUUCAAUAGCGAACAUCCAGCCACUACCACCGACACAACGAGUGCCUUCCUCCGAGUCGCCCUCGCCGCUGAAGCACCCCGGAAGCACCCCUGGCAGCGUGCCGGCGUCGCCUACCAAGCCCGCAAAAAGCCCCGCGCUGGCGUUGCCGGAAAGUAUCGCGUCGUUGUUGGGCAAACGGCCCUCUACGGAGGAUGAGGGCUCGGACAAAGCUGCGCCUUCUCGAGCCGGCAAGCGGGCCAGACCCCCGUCUAAGACAAAGUCGUUGUCCUUCACGAACCCUGCUGCUGGUGCUGGCGCAGGGCCGGACCAGCUCGACGGCUUCGGCCCGGAGGUCCUUGCCACACCCGAAACGAUGAGUCUCGCAGACGCACAGGCCGCAGGCCGGAGCAUGCAUGUUGGCUAUGACGAUCCGGGGCAGCACGCGGAGAAGAAGAAGCUGCUGAAGCUGCUGACCAGCCAGAAGAAGAAAGAGAUCUGGGACGUCGACGAUGAUGAGGUGGAGGUUGUGCAGGCUGAGUUGACGACGAAGCCUAGGAAAGGACCAGCGCCGAGGAGGAGAGGUGCUAGAGCCCCUGGAUAUUGAUCUCAUCGAAGUCGGACGGUCGCAUUUACUGGAUCAUCUAUUGGAGCAAUAUGUAUUGUAGUCAUACUGAGCAGCCUUAUGCGCCUCCCUGGCAGGAGGAUAACGACAUGUAUAAUGAAUUGGA